AUGGGCAAGUCCAACGGCGCCCGGGGCAGAAGCCCUCAGCCGCCUUCCGAGAAACAGCAGCAACCUGCUGUCGCCGCGCAGCCUCAGCCUGCGCUCGCCGUUCCUGGAGCCCCCAAGGCCAGAUCCAAGUCGCGAUCCAAGUCGAGGUCCAGGAACAAGAAGAAGGCGGCCAAUAUCAUCAGCACCUCCUACAAGUCUGACGGUGUCGAGGACAACGAUGUCUUCCUCCUGCCCGUGUCUGACUACGUCGUAGCCCUGGGUAUCAUUGCUCUUGCUACCUUGGUUCGCACAUGGAAAAUCUACAUGCCCACCAGUGUCGUCUUCGACGAGGUCCAUUUCGGUGGUUUCGCCUCCAAGUACAUCAAGGGCAAAUUCUUUAUGGAUGUCCACCCCCCUCUCGCCAAGAUGCUCAUCGCCCUGACCGGCUGGCUUGCUGGAUUCGACGGCUCGUUCGACUUCAAGGAGAUUGGCAAGGACUAUAUCGAACCCAAUGUCCCUUACGUUGCUAUGCGCAUGUUCCCUGCCAUCUGUGGUAUUCUGCUCGCUCCCAUUAUGUUUUUGACCCUCAAGACCGUUGGCUGCCGAACUGUGACAGCUCUCUUGGGCUCUAGCUUCAUCAUCUUUGAGAACGGCCUUCUUACCCAAGCUCGCUUGAUCCUCCUCGACUCCCCCCUGGUUUUCGCUACCGCCUAUACUGCUCUCGCCUUCAACGCUUUCACCAACCAACAUGAACUUGGUCCCAGCAAGGCCUUCUCGCCCAGCUGGUGGUUCUGGCUCAUCAACACCGGUCUCGGUCUCGGUAUUACCGCUAGCAUUAAAUGGGUUGGACUUUUCACUAUUGCCUGGGUUGGCCUCUUGACCAUCCUCCAGCUCUGGAUCCUCCUUGGUGAUGUCCAGAAUGUUUCCAUGCGUCUGUGGACCAAGCACUUCAUGGCUCGCGUCUUCUCCUUGAUCAUUGUUCCCCUUACCUUCUACAUGGCCAUGUUCGCCAUCCACUUCCUCUGCCUGGUCAACCCUGGCGAGGGUGACGGUUUCAUGAGCUCCGAGUUCCAGUCUACGCUCAACAGCAAGGGAAUGGCCAGCGUUCCCGCAGAUGUUGUGAUGGGUAGCAAGGUCAGCAUUCGUCACGUUAACACCCAGGGUGGCUACCUUCACUCCCACCCUCUGAUGUACCCCACCGGUAGCAAGCAGCAGCAGAUUACCUUGUAUCCCCACAAGGAUGAGAACAACCUGUGGUUCCUUGAGAAUCAGACUCAGCCAUUGGGCGCGGAUGGCCAGCCCAUCAACGGUACCAACGCCUGGGACCUCCUCCCUGAGCCCAAUCACAUCACCGAUGGGGCUGUUCUUCGAAUUUACCAUGUCAAUACCCACCGCCGCCUUCACUCCCACGAUGUCCGACCCCCUGUCACCGAAGCUGAUUGGCAAAAUGAGGUAUCUGCUUAUGGCUACGAGGGAUUUGAAGGUGACGCGAAUGAUUUCUUCCGAGUUGAGAUUGUGAAGCAGCAGUCGAAGAGCGGUGCCGCCCAGCAACGUGUUCGCACCAUCGAAACCAAGUUCCGGCUUGUUCAUGUCAUGACCGGUUGCGUUCUCUUUUCUCAUAAGGUGAAGUUGCCCGACUGGGCGUCUGAACAACAGGAGGUAACUUGCGCUCGUGGCGGCUCUGUCCCCAACAGUGUUUGGUAUAUUGAGAGUAACGAGAGCCCCCAUUUGGGCGCCGAUGCUGAGAGGGUCAACUACCGUAAGCCCGGUUUCUUCAGCAAGUUUGCCGAGAUUCACACAGUGAUGUGGAAGACAAAUGCUGGCCUUACCGAUUCCCACGCCUGGGACUCUCGCCCCGAGUCAUGGCCCAUCCUUCGCCGUGGUAUCAACUUCUGGGGUCGCAACAACACCCAGGUCUAUCUCCUUGGUAACCCCAUCAUCUGGUGGUCGUCAUCCAUCUCUAUUGUCGUUUGGGUCGUCUUCAAGAUCAUUGCUGUUAUCCGAUGGCAGCGCAGCUGCGGCGAUUACUCCAAUGCCACUUUCAAGCGAUUCGACUACGAAAUCGGCACUUCGAUUCUGGGCUGGGCUCUGCACUACUUCCCCUUCUAUUUGAUGAAGCGUCAGCUUUUCCUUCACCAUUACUUCCCUGCCCUUUACUUUGCGGUUAUUGCUCUUUGCCAGGUCAUUGAUUUUGCCACAUCCCGAAUCCCUGCCUCCCAUGGCCACGCUUCGUCUGGUGUCAUCUUUAACCGAAUCACGGCCGUGAUUUUCCUGGUUCUCUCCGGCGCCGCUUUCUCGCUUCUCUCUCCCCUAGCCUACGGUGGCCCCUGGACCAAGGCCCAGUGCAACCGCGUCAAGCUCUUCCCUACUUGGGAUUUCGACUGCAAGAAUUUCCAUGACUCUCUUGACCAGUACACCUACCUUACUGUCGAGGCAGGGUCAAACCCGACGCCCACCCCCUCGGUAUCGGAAGCAGUUGUUCCUGAAAAUGAGGCUCAGAAGCCUUUGGGUGACGCACCCGAAGUUAAGGUACCCGAAGCUAAAGCUCCCGAGGCCAAUGCACCUGUAGAGGAGGUCAAGGUUGUCGCUGCCGAGGAGCAGGUCGUCGAGUAUCGUGACCAGGACGGCAACCUGCUUAAUGAGGAGCAGGUUAAGUCUCUUAGGGAACAGUCUGCCGAAUUCUCAACCAAGCUUGAGACUGAGACUCAGGUUGCCGAUGAUGUCGCGAAGGAGCAGCCGCAAUCCGUCGAGAGCGAGGCUCCCGUUGUUGCUCCUCCUCAUCCCGAUGUUGAAGGCCUCAACAGCGAGACCGUCAAGAACGAUGAGAAGGUUGAGAUUCCCCAAGACGCUGCGGCCAGCCGCGAUGGCGAAAAGGAGGCCGAGCACAAGCAAGCUAAGCCUGCCAGCGAAGGACAGGAAGCCACCGUCGGCCAAGAGCUAUAA